CACACAGGAAGUAAGUUGUCAUUAACUGCAGCCUCGCAGUGUUCGACUAGAUCAGCAGGACCCAGAGCCCCAUCACGGUUCCUCCACCUCACACACUGAUACAUGAGAGACACAGUGACCAGAAGACCGUGGAACUCGCCAACAAGAUCAUUCAGCCACUGACUGGAGAGGAGGGGUAGUAUAUAGAGGAACACAGUGGUCUGUACAAGGACGUGAUGAUGGAGAAUCACCGGCACCUCACAUCACUGGAUGGGCCCAGUAACAGAGAUACCCCAGAGAGAUGUCCCCGUCCUCUGUAUUCCCAGGACUGUACAGAGGAGAAUCACAGGAUCCCACAGGAGGAUCAGGGUGAAUGUCUGACUGAUAUGAAGGCAGAAGAUACAGAGGGAGAAGUAGAGACAUAUGUGACUGAUAUAAAAACAGAAGAUAUAAAUGGAGAAGAAGAGACGUAUGUGACUGGUAUGAAGACAGAAGAUAUAGAGGGAGAAGAAGAGACGUAUGUGACUGAUAUAAAGACAGAAGAUACAGAGGGAGAAGAAGAGACGUAUGUGACUGAUAUGAAGGCAGAAGAUAUAGAUGGAGAAGAGACAUAUGUGACUGAUAUGAAGGCAGAAGAUACAGAGGGAAAAGAAGAGACGUUUGUGACUGAUAUGAAGGCAGAAGAUAUAGAGGGAGAAGAAGAGACGUAUGUGACUAAUAUGAAGGCAGAAGAUAUAGAGGGAGAAGAAGAGACGUAUGUGACUGAUAUAAAGGGAGAAGAAGAGACGUAUGCAAGGGGUGAUCAGCAGUGUAAGGAGGAGGAAAUCCCUACAGAUAUCAGCACAGCAGAUGGACGUAACAGCAGGAAUAUCUCAAAGGAAAAUCUAAUCUUAUCUCCAGUUUGUGAAAUAGAAGAUGAUGACAUCAAACAAGAUUCUCUGGAAAAACUCCUCAAUACCCCAAUUAUACAUCGAGUACCCCAUAGUGCAGAUGUAUUAUCUGAUCCUACUUCUAAUGAGGAACGUUCUCCUGGUACAUUAAGUACAGCUCUUAGAGUAGAUAAAAUGUUUCCCUCUUUUAUAGAUGCCAAAUGCUCUACAGAGAACACAAAGCUUAUUACCCAUCAGCCAGCUAAGGCAUGUGAGAGUUCAUUUCCAUGCACUGAGUGUGGGAAAUGUUUUUCAAAGAAAUCAUCUCUUAUUAGACAUAAGAGAGUUCAAAUAGGCGAGAAGCCAUUUGCAUGUUUUGACUGUGGGAAAUGUUUUACAUGGAAAUCCUCUCUUGUUGAACAUCAGAAACAUCACACAGGAGAGAAGCUAUUUCCAUGCUCUGAGUGUGAGAAAUGUUUUACAAGAAAAGAACAGCUUGUUAUACAUCAGAGAAGUCACACAGGUGAAAUGCCAUUUCCAUGCUCUGAGUGUGGAAAAUGUUUUGCACGGAAAUCGCAUCUUGUUAUACAUCAGAGAAGUCACACAGGUGAGAGGCCAUUUCCAUGCUCUGAGUGUGGGAAAUGUUUUACACGAAAAAUACAUCUUGUUACACAUCAGAGAAGUCACACAGGUGAGCGGCCAUUUCCAUGCUCUGAGUGUGGGAAAUGUUUUGCACAGAAAACUGAUCUUGUUGUACAUCAGAGAAGUCACACAGAUGAGAGGCCAUUUCCAUGCUCUGAGUGUGGGAAAUGUUUUGCACACAAAUCACAUCUUGUUACACAUCAAAGAAGUCACACAGGCGAGAGACCAUUUCCAUGUUUUGACUGUGGGAAAAGUUUUACACAAAAAAGACGUCUUGCUAUACAUCAGAGAAGUCACACAGGUGAGAAGCCAUUUCCAUGCUCUGAGUGUAAGAAAUGUUUUAAACAGAAAUCAAAUCUUGUUGCCCAUCAGAAAGGUCACACAGGUGAGAAGCCAUUUCUAUGCUCUGAGUGUGGGAAAUGUUUUGCACACAAAGCACAUCUUGUUAGCCAUCAGAGAAGUCACACAGGUGAGAAGCCAUUUCCAUGCUCUGAGUGUGGAAAAUGUUUUGCACGGAAAUCGCAUCUUGUUCUACAUCAGAGAAGUCACACAGGUGAGAGGCCAUUUCCAUGCUCUGAGUGUGGGAAAUGUUUUACACGAAAAAUACAUCUUGUUACACAUCAGAGAAGUCACACAGGUGAGAGGCCAUUUCCAUGCUCUGAGUGUGGGAAAUGUUUUACACAGAAAACUGAUCUUGUUGUACAUCAGAGAAGUCACACAGAUGAGAGGCCAUUUCCAUGCUCUGAGUGUGGGAAAUGUUUUGCACACAAAUCACAUCUUGUUACACAUCAAAGAAGUCACACAGGCGAGAGACCAUUUCCAUGUUUUGACUGUGGGAAAAGUUUUAAACUAAAAAGACAUCUUGCUAUACAUCAGAGAAUUCACACAGGUGAGAAGCCAUUUCCAUGCUCUGAGUGUAAGAAAUGUUUUAAACAGAAAUCAAAUCUUGUUGCCCAUCAGAAAGGUCACACAGGUGAGAAGCCAUUUCUAUGCUCUGAGUGUGGGAAAUGUUUUACAGCUAAAUCAUCUCUUGUUAGACAUCAGAGAAGUCACACAGAUUAUGCCACAUCUCAGAAUUGGGCCAGGAGUCAGAUAGUGAGGUCACUUAUAGCCCUAGCUAUGGUGAUCUCAUUAGAGCGGACAAAGAAUGUGCAGGAGGUUGAGAGGGCAGUGGGCCCCCAGCAGCAGACCCAGCAGAGGCAGGAGGCACGGAAGGCAGAGGAGCCUGGCUGCCAGCAGGAGCAGCCACUGCUUGAGCUCCAGAGUCCAGGGAAGCUGCGGUGGCCAUCUUGGAAAUGGAGCCGCAGGCUUCAGGGACCCAGAGCCCCAUCACGGUGCUUCCACCUCACUCAUUCACUGAUACAUGAGAGACACAAUGACCAGGAGAUCCUGGAACUCGCCAACAAGAUCAUUCAGCUGCUGACUGGAGAGGAGGGGGAGUAUAUAGAGGAACACAGGGGUCUGCACAAGGACGUGAUGAUGGAGAAUCACCGGCCCCUCACAUCACUGGAUGGGCCCAGUAACAGAGAUACCCCAGAGAGAUGUCCCUGUCCUCUGUAUUCCCAGGACUGUACAGAGGAGAAUCACAGGAUCCCACAGGAGCAUCAGGUUGAAGGUCUGACUGAUAUCAAGGAAGAAGAUACAGAGGGAGAAGAAGAGACGUAUGUGACUGAUAUCAAGGCAGAAGAUAUAGAUGGAGAAGAGAUGUAUGUGACUGAUAAUAAGGCAGAAGAUAUAGAAGAAGAAGAGACGUAUGUGACUGUUAUGAAGGUAGAAGAUAUAGAACGAGAAGAAGAGACAUUUGUGACUGAUAUGAAGGUAGAAGAUAUAGAGGGAGAAGAAGAGACGUAUGUGACUGAUAUGAAGGCAGAAGAUAUAAAGGGAGAAGAAGAGAUGUAUGUGACUGAUAUAAAGGCAGAAGAUAUUGAUGGAGAAGAAGAGAUGUAUGUGAGGGGUGAUCAGCAGUGUAAGGAGGAGGAGAUCCCUACAGAUAUCAGCACAGCAGAUGGAUGUAACAGCAGGAAUAUAUCAAAGGAAAAUCUAAUCUUAUCUUCAGUUUGUAAAAUAGAAGAUGAUGACAUCAAACAAGAUUCUCUGGAAAAAAUCCUCAAUAUCCCAAUUAUACAUCCAGUACCCCACAGUGCAGAUGUAUCAUCUGAUCCUACUUCUAAUGAGGAACGUUCUCCUGGUACAUCAAGUACAGCUCUUAGAGUAGAUAACAUAUUUCCCUCUUUUAUAGAUGCCAAAUGCUCUACAGAGAACACAAACCUUAUUACCCAGCAGCCAGCUAAGGCAUGUGAGACUUCAUUUCCAUGCAUGUGUGGAAAAUGUUUUUCAAAGAAAUCAUCUCUUAUUAGACAUAAGAGAGUUCAUACAGGUGAGAAGCCAUUUACAUGUUUUGACUGUGGGAAAUGUUUUACAUGGAAAUCAUCUCUUUUUGAACAUCAGAAACAUCACACAGGUGAGAUGCUAUUUCCAUGCUCUGAGUGUCAGAAAGGUUUUACACGGAAAUCACAUCUUGUUAUACACCGGAGAAGUCACACAGGGGAGAGGCCAUUUCCAUGCUCUGAUUGUGGAAAAUGUUUUGCACGGAAAUCGCAUCUUGUUAUACAUCAGAGAAGUCACACUGGUGAGAGGCCAUUUCCAUGCUCUGAGUGUGGGAAAUGUUUUGCACACAAAUCACUACUUAUCACACAUCAAAGAAGUCACACAGGUGAGAAGCCAUUUCCAUGUUCUGAGUGUGGGAAAUGUUUUACACAGAAAAAUGAUCUUGUUGUACAUCAGAGAAAUCACACAGGUGAGAUGCCAUAUCCAUGCUCUGAGUGUGGCAAGUGUUUUAAAAAGAAAUCAAAUCUUGUUACACAUCAGAGGAGUCACACAGAUGAGAGGCCAUUUCUAUGCUCUGAGUGUGGGAAAUGUUUUGCACACAAAUCCCAACUUUUUACACAUCAAAGAAGUCACACAGGCGAGAGACCAUUUCCAUGUUUUGACUGUGGGAAAAGUUUUAUACAGAGAAGUCAUCUUGCUAUACAUCAGAGAAGUCACACUGAUGAGAAGCCAUUUCCAUGCUCUGAGUGUGGGAAAUGUUUUAAAAUCAAAUCAAAUCUUGCUAUACAUCAGAGAAGUCACACAGGUGAGAGGCCAUUUCCAUGCUCUGAGUGUAAGAAAUGUUUUACAAUGAAAUCAAAUCUUGUUAUACAUAAGAGAAGUCACACAGGUGAAAAACCAUUUCCAUGCUCUGAGUGUGGGAAAUGUUUUUCAUGUAAUUCAGAUCUUGUUAAACAUAAGAGAAGUCACACAGAUGAGAAGCCAUUUCCAUGCUCUGAGUGUGGGAAAUGUUUUAAAAUGAAAUCAAAUCUCGCUAUACAUCAGAGAAGUCACACAGGUGAGAGGCCAUUUCUAUGCUCUGAGUGUGGGAAAUGUUUUGCACACAAAUCAAAUCUUGUUACACAUCAAAGAAGUCACACAGGCGAGAGACCAUUUCCAUGUUUUGACUGUGGGAAAAGUUUUACACAGAAAGGACAUCUUUCUAUACAUCAGAGAAGUCACACAGGUGAGAAGCCAUUUCCAUGCUCUGAGUGUGGGAAAUGUUUUACAGCUGAAUCAUCUCUUGUUAUACAUCAGAGAAGUCACACAGAUUAGCUAUUGCCAAGCUCUGAUUGUUGAAAAUGUCAGAAAUUAGAUGGUUCACAAAUACUUUCUUUAUUUACACUGGAGAAAUGUGUUUACAAGUGCAAUUUAUUUCUAGAAAAACCUAAUUGAGAAUAGUAUUUCUCCUGACCUGGGUGCUUCAUUGACCUCUCUUUCAUGACCCAGAAGGUGAAUGGACACAGCUUGUAUUACUGUCCUCACUGUAAUUGUUUUAUUUAUAUAUAUAUAUAUAUAUAUAUAUAUAUAUUUAUUAUUCUGCAGUGUGUAGACACUAGGUUCAGGGGUCAAGGCAGUAACAGUGCUUUCAUCUAAUAAUAGACCAUAAUAUCAGACCUGACACGAGUUCCUGCCACCAACCUCCUCCCUUCUAUGAAAUGCCUAUUGCAGUGAUGGCUAACCUUGACACUCCAGCUGUUGUUGAAUUACACAUCCCAGCAUGCCCUGCAUCAGUUUUUAGCAAGGCCAAAUAGCAAAACUGUAGCACGGCAUGCUGGGAUGUGUAGUUCAACAACAGCUGGAGUGUCAAGGUUAGCCAUCACUGGCCUAUUAUAUGCUGCAGGGGACAAGUGACCAGAGCCAUAGGAGGAUAUAACAGGUAUAUCAGAGAGGUAUGUGCUAGAGAGAGAUAAAAGCUCAGUCACACACCAUCAGGACACAUCACCAGUGAGGGGUAAGGACUGUCCUAUAUGUGGUGUCCCUGGUGCUCCGGAUGGUGUCCCCAGUAUGUGUAUAUAUCUGUAUAUGUAAUACCUAUUAUAUACUGCAGGGGGCAGGUGACCAGAGCAAUGGGAGGCUAUAACAGGUAUAUCAGAGAGGUAUGUGCUAGAGAGAGAUAAAAGCUCAGUCACACACCAUCAGGACACAUCACCAGUGAGGGGUAAGGACUGUCCUAUAUGUGGUGUCCCUGGUGCUCCGGGUGGUGUCCCCAGUAUGUGUAUAUAUCUGUGUAUGUAAUACCUAUUAUAUACUGCAGGGGGCAGG